GAUUCUUCUCAGUUUCAGUGUCUCCCAGAACUUUAGUGCGAUCGGAAGUGUGUAAAUGUGCAACAAUGAGACUUACGCUACUUCUCGUGAUUCUGUCGGUCUGCAUUGAAUCAGUUCUUCUCGCGAGUGUCUCACCCAAAUUGGACUUUGCUUCGGAAUCCAUUGAGGACUCUGAGGAGAAGUCCCGGAAAUUCUAUGGUGUUCAUGUGAUUGUGGAUACAUCCAAACUCAAGAGGGGCAGUGAUCAAGCAUCUGACGAGGGCAGUGGAAGUCACAUGAAGAGUGAGAAAACCAUUGGGAUUCGUACGGAUAUCACCUUUGAAAUUCCCGCCAAAAAUUCAAAUGGCACGGGGAAUGAGACCAAGAGCACGGAGAAUGAAUCCAGUGGAACAAAUGAAGAUGAUACUGUGCCAGUCUUUAAAGGAAGGGACUCAGAUGCCCCACCGGAGCCCAAAUACCCGGGAAGAGGCGACAGAGAUUGGAAACCACUGUUCAUGCCUAAUAACUUCGAGGGAUUCUGGACAACGGAGAGGAGCUUCCUGCCAAUUGGACCUCCCCGUCAUCGGCAAUUCCACGGCAGGAUGAAGCCCUAUGUACCCUACAUGAUUGGCCAGAGUGAAAAAGUAGCCGUGAAGCCUUUGUAUAAACCCUGCCAUUGCGAUUCCUACGAAAGCGAUGUGAGUUUUGGCAGCCGAAGUGCAGAGGAGCAGCCUCCCUUCAGGAACAUCUACUACGUGCCCAAGGAGGAUUCGGUGGAUGACAAACUCGAUGGAGGAUUUAAAGUUCACUAAAAUUCCAUUGACUUUUUAGUUUUACAGUCCCUGGAAAAAUUUGUACGCACAUUUUGAUAAAAAACCACCUACAAUUUUUAAAAA